GUCUUCAACGGAUCUGUCCAGAUUGAUCCUUUUAGCUGACGCCGAGAGACCAACCAAUCGACCUCAGCCUAGCCGCGGCCCUCGUCGUCUCCUGUGCCGGCGAAACUCGCAAGCAGAUCAGGCACCACUGUUCACUGGCACGGUGAAUCUGACUGUCUGAGUCGUCAGGUGCCCCCUCCAUUGGGCGGCCUAGUCCAUCGCUUCCGUCAGACUAGCGUGGAGGUGAAGGACAUGGAGGUGGCAGCAUUCAGGGCCAUGCUGCACUUCAUCUACACCGACACGGUGCCCGAGCUUGAUCAACCGCUCGAGGUGGUGGCGACGCUCGCUCAGCAUCUGCUUGCGGCUCCUGACCGGUACGUUCUCGAUAGGCUCAAGCUGAUUUGUGAAGUAAAGCUCUCUGGUGGCAUCACUGUCGACACCGCAGCGACAACUCUUGCUUUGGCGGAGCAGCACAAUUGCUCGAAGCUCAAGGCCAAAUGUGUCGAGUUCAUCGUCAGCACUCCUGCAGUUCUUGAUGACGUGUUGGCGAUGGAGGGGUAUAGGCACCUGGAGGCAAGCUGCCGUUCGGUCUUGACUGAGCUUCUCAAGUCUGUCCAUGGGAGGAAGUGUUGAAGUGUUGCCAUAUUGCUAGACUUCCAAGAUCUGACAAUGCGUGCAGUCUCUGUUUGUGCUUGUGAGAAAUGAUUAAUGCAUACUAGGAACUUGUGACUGUAUUUACCUAAAAUGGAAAACUUAUGCCCUGUUAUGAGCAACGUAAUGCUUUCAUCCGCCUACAGUAGUUG